AGCAUUUAGAUUUUAAAAAUUCAGAAAUACUUUAAUUUAGCUAUAUGGAACAUACAAGUCCUUUUUUCACCAUAGAAGCUAAACUGUCAGUGUCAAUAAUAUCUGAGAAAAGUGAUUUUCUAAAAUAAAGUAUGUUCAAUAAAAUAAAAGGUUGAAUUUUAAGAAUGAAAGACAAAAUGGAGGACAAUUGCAUUAAUUGCACUUGCUAGAGUUUGCUAGAGGUUGUGGCUCAAAUACAGCAUUAUAGCUAAAUUUAAAUAAAUGACAAAAAAAAUGCUAUGUGUCAAGUAGGCUAUGAAGUCUUUACCCUAGAUGCAAUUAACUGUCAGUGUCCCACGUGUGUGAUGAGAUGAUCAGUGUGUGCUCAGUCAAAGUCAUUGAUCCCAGCAUCAGGCAGCAGAUCUGCUCUCUCUACAGGGUCACCACUUUCCCAGAAUCACACAGAGUCUCCCUCCAUCUCCCCCUAGUCCUCCACCUGUUCCCCUGAGAUCUAACCAUUGUCCCCCAGGCAAUAACAGCAUUCAGCGUGCUGCAUCCCUUGUUGUCUUACUGACCUCUCUGAUUGGUUGAAACUGUGAGAAACUCCAGCCAGACCAGGACCCACACAUUCAUAUGGAGAUGUGGGACUAUAAAUAGGAGGGAUGAAGCCAGCAGAGAUCAGAUUCUCUCAACAGAGACCUCUACAGCACAGAGAUCCAACCAUGGCACCUACAAUCACUGCAGCAAUGACCGAUUCUCAGGAGCACCUGACUCUGACCCACAAGCUCAGAAAGCCUCUGGUGGAGAAGUUACGCAGAGAAAGAAUCAACGGCAGCACUGAGCAGCUCAAGUCUCUCCUGGGUCCAGAGUUCCUCAAACAGCAGCCAGACUCCAAGCUGGAGAAAGCAGACAUCCUGGAGAUGACAGUUUGUGUCCUGAGACGACUGCAGCAGCAGAAUCAAGCUGUGGACUCAGCAGCUGUCGAUCAGGGCUACUCCAGGUGUGUCCAAGAGGUGGACCACUUCCUGUCCAAAGAGGAGGGGGAGACACAGUCCCAGAGAAGACUUGUGAACCACUUCAACAAGCUGCAGUCUUCCUCUGAUAAGACGCUGAGAGAGGCUGACUUCUCUCUUCUGAGCUACACAGUCCAGACCAGCAUCACCAAAGAGAAGAGUCUGGCCAGGAGCGCCCCCUGGAGGCCGUGGUAGACACCUACAGACUGGAGUUGGUACCAGACAAACUGAGAUGACCACAUUGGUCAAAGAUUACUGAACUGAAUUCCUUGAAUUCUUUUAGAUUUGUUCUUCUGUAUGUACAGAAUCUGCAUUCUGUGUUCUUUCUUUGUGCACAAUGACGUUUCCUAAGGAAAUGACAGCGACAAUAUCUUUCAAGUUUAGAAAGAGAACGACUUAUCAUGCAUUUUGCAUGAACCAAAUCUGAUUGCAUCAACAAUUAUUAUUAUACUUCACUGUACAUCAUGAAUUGGUAGUAAUUAAUGCUCUGGAAACAUAUUUUAUGUUUGAUUGGUAUUGAUCAACUUGAUCAGAAAACUUGAACUGUCUUUUUUAUGGACAUAUUGUUAUAACAGACUUUACUUCACUUAAAUCUUUUUAUAAGACAAAACUGAUCUGUUGUGAGAUUCAAAGGUUUAUCAUUUAAAAAAAAAGAUUUGCUUAAAGUCACAAUUUUCCUGUGAUACUUUAAUGCUCCACUGUGUCAUGUGUUGGUAUAAUAUAAAGCAAUGGUGAUAUUUGUUACAUGUUGAAGCUAUUGAUGAUUUGGAAUUGAUCCAAAAUCUGUCCUUUUGAUGGACAUUUUGUCAUAUUGGACUGUCCUAUAUUUUUGCAAAUUAUUAACAAAUGAUCUGUAUUAAGAUCAAUAUGUUUAUCCUUUUAUGGUAAAGGGUCUGUUUCACUUCACACUGUCACAGUUUUUAAGUGACAAUAUAAUCUUUAUAUCUUGAGAAUCAGUUGAAGUUAAAUGUUAUUGAGAACUAUGUGAUCUGUUGUAAGAUCAGCUUUUACUACUUUCUCUUUUGUUCACUAAGUGAAAAUGUUUGAAUCCAUUUGGGAAAGAAUUCUCAAAGGACAGUGAGUACUGUGUCCUCAAAUAUUGUAAAUCAUUGUCUUUUAUAAAGACAGCUGUUCCUUUACUCUCUCUGAGUACAGUGUGUCUUGUAGAAAUCUACAAGUUGUUGUUGUGAUGUAUCAUCACCUGUAGUUGGAGUUUUCUCACUUCAUGUGGCUCAUCGUGCGUUGUUGAAUAAAUAAACACUGCCAA